CGCUCCCUGCUUGUGCGCGCUCCCUGGGAUCGUGCAGCACCGCGAUCUGGUGCCCGCUGUAUUUCACAUGUAGUAAGCAAUGAUGUCAGAAGUGACAUCUUGCUUACUACUAUUCAUGUGAUCACUGAUCAGCCAAUCAGUGAUCACAUGAUUGGGACCUCACACAGAGGUCCCGUACAGCGAUCGGUGAUCGUGGUGCCGCGUGCUCCCAGGAAGCGCGCACAGGCUAAAAUGAUGGGCGCCGUUUAUGAACGGCAAUCCACCCUUGCACUGCAACCGUUC